CUUGAACACCUGACACACACACACACACACACAGGCAAGUAGUGAGGAGCUGCGGAUAGAAAUUCGCACAGACGAGGCAGAGGGAGUGAAUGCAACAGUGAUAUGAACAUCAGUGGAGUAUUUUUCCAAACACACAUUGAGGGGAACACACACAGCCUUCAGUGGAGACACACACCAGGACUAACAUCAGGACUAAGAGUAUGAUGACAAGAUGAGCUGUGCUCAGGCUGAACCAGAGGAGAGGCCUGCUAACCCCAGUGACAACACUAGUCCCAGUGCGAACGCCAAUCCCAAUGCUAUCACUAAGCCUAGCGUCUCUGGAAGCCUUAUACCCAAUGAUAAUGCACCUUCAAAUCCAAGCACUACUUUUAACCCCAACACAUCAAACACCAGCGAUGAGAUGGAGUGCAAGAUCUGCUAUCAGCGCUACAACAUUCAUAGCCGUAAGCCUAAGAUACUGGACUGCUUGCACCGCGUUUGUGCCCGCUGCCUUAACAAGAUCCUGGACAUUGGUGACAGUUCGGGCUGCAUCUGCUGUCCCUUCUGCCGGCAUGAGACAAGAGUUAGUGACUAUGAAGUGGCAGCACUACCGGACGACUCGAACAUCAUGUCAUUCCUGGCAGUCCGGGACAAGUGCUGGAGCUCAGACCACAACAAAGAGGUGGUGUUGACACCCAAGAGCCUAUCGUCCAGUGACAGUCCAUACCACGAUUCUUCUAACUGCCUGGUCAUCACAAUUAUGGAGGUCCAGAGAGAUGCACAGCAUUCGCCCAGUCGCAACGGUAGCUCCGAUGACUAUGGGGAACACAGCCUGGACUCUGUAUCAGUGGUGUCAAAUGGUGGCAGCAUGGACCAGGAUGCAUUCACUAAGUUUUGCAAUCACGUACCCCGGAUUCUUGUGUGGCUACUGGGCUUCUUCUACUUUGGGUCCUUGCCACUGGGCAUAUACUUACUGGUGAUCCAAAGAGUUACUCUGGGCAUUGUAUGUGUUAGCCUUGUCCCCACCAGCCUUACCGUGUGUCUCGUGUAUGGAUUCUGCCAGUGCCUUUGCCAAGGCAUAUGCGACUGCUCCAGCAGAAGCUGACUGGACACGACCCAAAAGUGUGGCUCAGAAUGAUGAGUGAGAAUAAACGAAUAACACAAAGACACCUUCAUAUAUGUGUUGAGGGCUAUUACACUUAAGCAAUAUCGCAUGAGCAAGAGUGCUGCUGUACUGAAUAUCAGGUAAUCACAGCUGUGCUGAUAAUCAGUAUAACAGCAGGAUUGUGAGUGUCAUAUUGCUUUCAUACAGAAGUUCUCUAAACAUGAAAUUAAUAUUGAGUAUCUGACAUUUCAGACACAAUAAGGCCAAAUACUUUGCUUAUUUUUGCUCCAUCAAUGAAAAUAGUUCCCAAAGAAGCCACAGAUGGAUAGAGCAUUGCGUGUUGCUAAGCAACACAUAGGCUGACUGACAGUCCAUAGUAAGUUUAGUAACGUUUUCAAUUAAGGAACUUCUGCUGGAAUUGGAAUUUUUAUGUAAUGAACACAAACAAGUGGAGUGAUACAAACAGUGAAAUGUCCCAGUGCUUUUAUACUACAUAUCAGCACUCUUAGAACACUGCUUUUCCUAUUAAAUUACUGGACCAGAAAUAACUCUUGUAUAAUAAGCUAAAAAUUUAAACCCGUCUCUUUCCUUAACAAGAAAAACACACAAAAGUCAUGUCUGGUGUGUGAGGCCUGGUUUAUACUUCUGCUUUAAAGUGCAUGUGCAUCAUGACACACAGAGGGGGUUUAUGGCCAAGAGGUGCAAUAAUGGUCUCUCGUGUUGUCCUCCCAAAAUCUAACAAUGAGUCAUGAUUAUCUAGGGUGCUGUGAGUCAACCAGCCUUCAGGCAAACACUGAUUGGUUGAAGCGGGGUUGUGUAUUCGGAAACAUUACCCCACUUGUGCCAGUUCCAUCAAGGGUUUCAGACUGCCCUAAACACACAACACAGCCAGUACUUUCCAUCCUCUACAGGUUCCCCAACCCCUUUUUUGUAAGUGUAGUCUGUUAGAAAUCAUAUACAUAAGAGCUUGUAACAGUAAAUGAAAAACAAUUUCUAGAAAUAUCAGUUUGGCUGAUAUUCACACUGGGUGGUGUCUAAUAAAAUGUCUCCUCUAUGAUAAUACUCUCAUAUCCAUCGAGCUAUAAGGUAUCUGUCUGUUUUCUGUCUUUGCAUCACACACACUUGUAUGAUCACAUUACUGUAUAAUCUGUCUAUUUACAGAAAACUAUGAUCAUGAUAUUGUGGCAUAUGAGAAUAUAAAGUGUGAGACUUUACACUGGCUGUAGCUGUCAUUAUAAUGGCCACUUUAAUUAACCUGACACAAUUUGCUUUCUUUUUGCUUCUAAGGGACUCAGAAUAAAGUGGCAACCAGAUGAUGUAAACCACAGCAAUUUUUUACUAAAUUAUAAAACAUCCAUCAUUCUGUGAUUGUUACAAUUGUGGAUUUAAACACAAGUUAAGCUGAAGUGCUUCAGUAUAUGAAUGACUUCAUCUUUUGUGAAAUUACUUGGUUAAUAACGGAUCAUGCAUUUCAUCCGCAACACUUCUCAACACAGAGUUACACCCUCGCUGUCUUAUAUUAUAUUAUUCCUUCUGUGAAACACUGCUCUGUUUUGCUUUCCCUGUUUCAUUAAUUCUGGUAUAUAUGACAUUGUUUCCUAGUCUACACACUCAUGUUACAUGGAAGUAUGAAGGCAGGUCCUCACAUGCUUGCAAAUAAGUGUUCGCAGAAGUAUAAAUCAUGCCUAACAUAAAGGAUGUACCACAUGUUGCAUUACCAGUCCACACUGUCAAAGAGGAAUGCUUCCUAGUGUAGAUUCCUGUUAGUACCAUAUUAAAGCCUUAAAACAUGGCAAACAAUCCCCAACAUGGCCUCCAGAAUGCCCAGGCAACUGGAAAGCCAACUGAUGAAACCAUUUCCAGUACAGAGGCUGCCACAGAUGCUUUUAAUAUGAAACACGUAUUCAAGUUUGAGCUUUGUAUUUGUAGCCAUAAUGAGCUAAUUAAUUUUUUUUUUCUGAGUACUGUAGCAAACUGCUGUAGCAAUCAAUGAAAUGUUAAGACUUGUUGAAGAGUGAUGUCAAAGUGCUGAUUCAUAGAUGUUAAGAGCACAUACUAAGCUGCAGCCAUCCAUGGGAAGAAGUUCUCUAAAAUAAAGUGGAUUUACUUUAAGUGGUUGUAUGUUCUUUAUCAAGAGACAUAACCCAAUAAUAAGGCAACAUUUUAUACUGCUGAUAGAGACACUGCCAGCUUUCAGUAUACUGUAUCCUUGCCAAAUCCUUCACACUUUCAUUAUAUUACACGGGUGUCUGUAAAUAGGGCCACGGGUUAGAUGAAGUACAUGAACAGAACACUUGGGACAACAUGAUGUGGUAGCUUUUGAGAGGAAGUCAAUGCUUAGUUGCAGUGGUCUUUUGUUCUUUUUUCAUCUUUUCUCUCACUGGCUCU